AUGGAUGCCAGUCGUCCUUCCACUCUUCUCUCCUUCCUGUUGACUCUCUUCCUGAGCCUGUCCUUUCUCCCAACACCUUCUUCUUCUCGAUCUUGGGCAUCAUCAGAUGUUCGCUGCAACAAACACGACUACAAAGCACUGAUGCAUAUCAAAGCAGCAUUUCAAAACCCAUACCACUUGGCUUCUUGGAUCCCCGACACCGAUUGCUGCAAGUGGAACAACGUCGAGUGCGACUCCACCAAUGACCGCAUCGUCCAGCUCACCAUCUACCAUGCCAACAUUUCCGGUGAAAUCCCUUCCGAGGUGGGCGAUCUUCGAUACCUCAAAACCCUCGUCUUCCAACACAUCCCCAAUCUCACCGGAAACAUCCCUGACACCAUUACAAAGCUCAAGUAUCUCAUCACGCUCCGACUCAGCUGGAACAACCUCUCUGGUCCAAUCCCUUCUUUCCUAGGCAAACUCACCAACCUCCAAUUCCUGGAGCUCAACUACAACCAGUUCACAGAUUCCAUCCCUUCCUCCCUCCACGACCUCCACAGAUUAGAAGUUCUACACCUCGACCGUAACAAGCUCACCGGACCAAUCCCCAGAUCUUUCAGGAAAUUCAAACAGUCUAUGUCCCUCUACCUUUCUCACAACAAUCUCUCCGGUGAGAUCCCCGAUGAGUUAGGAAACGUAAGUUUCGUCACGAUCGAUUUAUCUCGGAACAAGCUUGAAGGUGACGCUUCCAUGUUGUUCAAUUCAACUAGGUCUACUCAGAAGAUUGAUCUGUCGAGGAACAUGUUUGCCUUUAAUCUAUCGAAUGUGGAAUUUGACACGACCUUGCAGUAUUUGGACAUUUCACACAACAAGAUCUAUGGGAGUAUACCACCAGAGGCAAUAACGGGAUUGGAUUUGCAGUACUUGAAUGUGAGUUAUAAUCGGUUGUGUGGGAAAAUACCUCAAGGUGGGAAGGUUCAGAACUUCGAUUCCUACUCUUUCUACCAUAACAACUGCCUCUGUGGUUCACCGCUCGCUGCUUGUAAGGAACAACCGUUGACGGUACAAAAGGUCUUUGACUACCAUCAGUUAGCCACCGUCUGA